CCUGGGCUUUUCUUCAUGAUAAGUGCCAUUGCAUAUAUUUAAACAUUUUGGUAAAUAUUUGGCUAAUUUCUGUCUUCACCAGUCGAUUACAAAUUCCUCAAGGGUGAGGAUAAGGUCUCAAUAAGUAUUGAAUAAGUGAGUGUUGAAUGAAUGUAUAUAAAAUAUAUGGCACUCAUCUCAGUGGCUGGCACAUAGUAAAUACACAAUAAAUGGCAGCUGUUAUUAUUAGGAUCCCUCAUGUCUUUACUAUUCUUGUAGGGUCCUACUCAGCGUGCUCUUGGCUUUUUGCACUUCUUUCUGAAGGUCUUUCUGAGGAUUUUUUCCUGGCAAUUCUAGUAGAAUGAGGACACUGGUGGGCAUUCACUAUUCAUUCAUUUCUCAUUCAGAAACUCGAUAAGAAGCAUUUUGCAUAUAUUCUCAUUUAAUUCUGCGAGAUUGUUCUGUGCCAAAAUAAUAUCCGUAAUCAGGCCCAUAUGAACAGAGUGGUCACCCACGAGCUCAUUCAUGCGUUUGAUCACUGUCGUGCUCAUGUUGACUGGUUCACCAAUGUCAGACAUUUGGCCUGCUCAGAGAUUCGAGCUGCUAACCUCAGUGGAGACUGCUCACUUGUAAAUGAAGUAUUCAGGUUACAUUUUGGAUUAAAACAACACCAUCAGACUUGUGUUCGAGACCGAGCCAUUCUUUCUAUCUUGGCUGUUAGGAAUAUCAACAAAGAAGUAGCUCAAAAGGCUGUUGAUAAAGUUUUUGAAUCUUGUUUCAAUGACCUUGAACCCUUUGGAAGGAUCCCACAUAACAAGACUGAUGCAAAAUAUGCUCAUAGAGACUUUCAAAAUCGUGAUCGAUACUUUUCAAAUAUAUGAAGACAAUGACAUUUUAUACUAUAGAACUUCAGUGAUCAUGAAGAAAUAAUGAUUUUCAAAUGGACAAACGUAAAAUAUAAAUGAGUAAUUAACUGCAGAUAACACGAAGAAGAUGCUGAUUCUAGCAUAUGGUCGGAAAAAGUAACUGUGGCAAAAAAUGUAACUGCCUUAAACUCCAAGGCAAAAAUUAUUAUCAUUAUAACUUAAUUAUAUGGUAAAUAAGGUAAAUAAAUUGCAUUUUUAUAUUUUCUACAGUAUAUUUUUUUAUUGUGUUUUAUUUGUUUUUAUUAUGUAAUUAUUUUAAAGUUUAGUUAUAAACCUGUGAAAUGUGCCCUUGUAUGAUGUUGAUAGGUGACCAGAAUUGGCAUUUGCAUUUUAGAGAUUAAAUGUAAAGACAAAUGCACUGAUCUUACUCUAAGAUAUUCACUGAGGUAUUGUCAUGAUCAAAACAUUGAAAGAAUAAAAGUUGAGAACUAUUUGUUCAAUGGUCAAUGCCCCUACUCCCUGCUCUUCUCUCAAAAUAUAUAUGGGAACCAUAUGGCCUAGUUUUCUGGG